CCCCCCCCCCCCCCCCCGCGCCCGGCUUUCUCUUGGAAUGUGCUGCAGGCUAAGCUGCAGCCCUGCCAUCAUUUCUCUAGCUAUAUAUUCCUCUCUUUUAAAACCAAAACCGCGUUUCAAACUUUUGUAACCUCACUCAUCCUGAUUCCCAAUUCAAAAGCCUCUUGCUUUUACAUCUUUGUAUAAAAAGUAUCUCUCUCUCUCUCUCUCUCAACACAUCCACCAUGCUCAAACAAGCACUGAAGCUUGCUUUUCUCUUCCUUCUCCUUGCUUGUCUAUUUUCCUUCGACAUAGCAGACACUGCCACCAUUGUCAACAGUACUACUACAACUACUCUCUCACAGCAGUUCAAAGAAGCCCCGCAAUUCUACAACGCUCCCGACUGUCCUUCCAUAACCAACGACAACCUCGACGAAGAUGAAGAUGACAGCAGCAGCAGUGGCAACGAUAACAUCGUCUGCUCCGAUAGAGCAGUACAUGUAGCAAUGACUCUGGACACGCAAUACAUCCGUGGCUCUAUGGCUGCCAUCCUCUCCGUACUCCAGCACUCCUCCUGCCCAGAAAACAUCUUCUUCCAUUUCGUCGCCUCCGUCUCCUCUAACACCAGCUCCCUUCUGCGCGUCACCCUCUCCAACUCAUUCCCUUACCUCAAAUUCAAAGUCUACAUCUUCGACGACUCUCAUGUCUCCGGCCUCAUCUCCACCUCCAUCCGCUCCGCCUUGGACUGUCCCCUCAACUACGCUCGCAGCUACUUGGCUAGACUCCUGCCAUCAUGUGUCCGUAAAGUUGUUUACCUUGACUCCGACCUGAUUCUAGUGGACGACAUUGCCAAACUCGCCGCCACGCCGUUGGGGGCCCGCUCGGUCCUUGCCGCCCCGGAGUACUGCAACGCCAAUUUCACGUUCUAUUUCACCCCGACGUUUUGGUCUAAUCCUUCUUUGUCCCUGACUUUCGCCAACCGGAAACCGUGUUACUUCAACACCGGGGUGAUGGUAAUCGAUCUUGACCGGUGGAGAGAUGAAGAUUACACGACAAGGAUUGAGGAGUGGAUGGAGCUGCAGAAGAGGAUGAGAAUCUACGAACUGGGAUCUCUACCGCCAUUUCUGCUUGUGUUUGCAGGAAACAUAGCUUCGGUUGAUCACAAAUGGAACCAACACGGACUGGGCGGCGACAACUCGGGACUUUGCCGGGAUCUGCACCCGGGUCCGGUUAGUCUUUUGCAUUGGAGUGGGAAAGGUAAACCCUGGGCUCGUCUGGACGCAAACCGGCCAUGCCCCUUGGAUGCACUUUGGGCUCCCUACGAUCUGUUGCAGACUCCAUUUACGUUGGAUUCUUAAAGUCUAAGAAUUUCACCCUCUACAGAGUUCCCAAGCCUUGGAUUAUGCUCUCUCCGGCGCUUGUAAUUAGUCAGAGAGCAAAUUAAGGAGAUGAACUGUUCGUCUUUGGAAAGAGAUCAGUUUGUUCUUGUAAGAUUAUACAGGUACUAUCAAACGCAUUGGGGAGAUCACAAAAUACCCCAAAAAGUAUUGGGAUUAAUUCAUAUAUGUUAAAGUUUCAAUCUUCCAAUUGUGUAAUAAUAGGGAAGAAGAAGAAAAUCCUGCCCAGAAAUGGGAUUCGUAUGUUUUGUAACCAUGGAUGCACGUAUGGUAAUUGUAUCGAAGUCUGUACAGCAGAAGAGCUAUUUUGCCUGGUUUAAUACUUGAAUGAAUAAGAAAAGAAUUAUGUCAA